GUCUUUUUAUCCUAUAAAUUAUGCCCGUCAAACUCCCAAAGCUUGAUGGGAAAUGCUGGUCCCAUAGAAAACUGGAUUACCAACCAAGUGGGCAUUUCACAUUUGCUCUUUAUACUUCCAUUUGCUCUUAACACUUCCAACUCUCAACUCUUCUUCACAAAAAUAUCUCAAAAAUUAUCUCUCUAUUGAAUCACCUUCAAUGGCUGCAAUAACUUCAGCUUCAUUAACUCAUGUACCUUUUUCCAUAUCUAAACUUCAACUUCCAAGUAAGCACAGAGGCUUGCCUAUUACACUUGCAUCAUCAUCAUCAUCAGCUAUGCCUUCUCAUGAAUCAUCAUCUAUAGAAAGUGGGAGUGUAUUAUCCACACCAAAAGUUCCCUUUGUUGAGUCCUCUAAAACUCCUGAAGAUGGAUACAACUAUGUUAUGGCAAAUCCUAAUGGAAAUCCACUUGUUAAAUUUGUUCAGCACACUGAGUCAACUAUUGAAAGGGCAAUAUUUGACUUUCGUUUUCUAGCACUCCUUGCUGUUGGAGGUUCGUUGGCUGGCUCUCUGCUCUGCUUCCUCAAUGGCUGUGUCUACAUUUUUGACGCUUACAAGGUUUAUUGGACAAGCUGUGUAAAAGGAAUUCACACAGGACAAAUGGUUCUACGAUUGGUUGAAGCUAUAGAUGUUUAUCUUGCUGGGACCGUGAUGUUAAUAUUCGGGAUGGGAUUGUAUGGCUUGUUCAUAACUAAUGUCUCUCCUGAUGUGCAUCCAACUGCCGACCGCGCCCUCAAGCAGUCUUCCUUGUUUGGGAUGUUUGCUCUGAAGGAGAGGCCAAAAUGGAUGAAGAUUAGUUCACUUGAUGAACUAAAAACCAAAGUAGGACAUGUCAUUGUCAUGAUCCUUCUUGUCAAGAUGUUUGAGAGGAGCAAGAUGGUGACUAUAGCCACUGGUACUGAUCUAUUGAGUUACUCCGUAUGUAUUUUCUUGUCGUCUGCUUCUUUGUAUAUUCUCCAUAAUCUGCACAAGUCAGAAUAACUGUUGACAUGUACCAUACUGAUAUGCAUGUAGCCAAGCUAUCGAACUUUUGAAGCUA